AUGAGUGCCACAACCAAUCAAUGGGCAAGACUCUCUGGUGCCCAAGUGAGUAGUCAACUCAAAAUUCCUCAAGGUGACUAUGCUCGUCGUACGAAAAUUGUUGCAACCAUUGGACCCAAAACACAAACCGUUGAAAUGUUAUCCAAAUUAAUUCGAGCAGGUGUGAAUGUCAUUCGUAUGAACUUUUCUCAUGGAUCACAUGAUUUCCAUAAACAAACAGUGAUGAACACUCGUAUUGCUGCUUCUCAAUCUGACAAUGCCAUUGUUGCAUUAAUGUUAGAUACCAAAGGACCUGAAAUUAGAACAGGUUUAUUAGAACCAGAAUUCUGUCCAGAUGGAAUUGAAGUCAAAACUGGUCAAUUGAUUGAUUUUUAUUGUUGUCAAAGUACUGAAGAGUAUGCAACAGUGAAAGGAAAGUAUUUACCAAAUCCAAUCGAAUCCACCACUGAUGAAUAUGAACGAUUGAAUGAAUUGAGUAAGAGUGCUCAACGAACCAACACCACCACUCCAUCCAAACAACAGUCACAAGGAAGCCUUUUCAAUCAAGCCUCUGUGGUUGCCGAUCAAGUAUUUUUGGCGGACAGUACUUCUCAAGGUGGUGGUUCGACUACUGCAAGUACUACUGCAAGUACUACAACAACUUCUUCACUUCUCACCAAUGAUGACACAAUCAUUACACUCUCUCCAACUUUAUUACCCAUUUCCAUUCCACUCGAUUACAAGACCAUGUAUCGUGUCGUGAAACAAGGUGAUAAUGUACUCAUUGAUGAUGGACUCAUUGCUACCAAAGUCGUGGAAUGUAUUCCUGAAAAGUUCCUAGUUCGUUGUAUUGCCUUAAAUGGUGGUCUUAUUGGAGAAAAGAAGGGAUGUAAUUUACCAGGUGUCAUUGUUGAUUUACCUGCAUUGACUGAGAAGGAUAUUGGUGAUUUGAAAUUUGCUGUUCAACACAAUGUUGAUUUCAUUGCAGCAUCUUUUAUUAGAAAAGCUGAAGAUGUUUUGGCCAUUCGUAAAUGUUUAGGUUCACGAGGACAAGAGAUUAAAAUUAUUUCUAAAAUUGAAAAUCAAGAAGGAUUGGAUAAUUUUGAUGAAAUAUUACAAGUCUCUGAUGGUAUCAUGGUAGCACGUGGAGAUAUGGGUGUUGAAAUUCCACUCGAACAAGUCACAUUGGCUCAAAAGAUGAUUAUUGCUAAAUGUAACAUUCAUGGCAAGCCAGUCAUUACAGCCACUCAAAUGUUAGAAUCCAUGAUUAAGAAUCCUCGUCCUACUCGUGCUGAAGUCACUGAUAUUGCCAAUGCUGUCUUUGAUGGUACUGAUAGUGUCAUGUUGAGUGGUGAAACUGCUAAAGGAGAUUAUCCUGUUGAAGCUGUGUCGACCAUGUCGAGAAUUUGUGUGACCAGUGAAUGUUUACUAGAUGAAAGAAAGACUUUUAACAUGAUACGUGAAGCUGUUCUGGAAUUGAAGGGUAAAAUUAGUGUUACUGAAACUAUUGCAAGUAGUGCUGUGAAAACUGCAAACGAUAUUCAAGCAGGAUUGAUUAUUACCAUCACUGAGACUGGUAAUACUGCUCGUUUAGUUUCCAAAUAUAGACCUAAUCCACCAUGUAUUGCAGUGACUCAAAAUAAGGCGACUGCACGUCAAUUAAUGGUUUCACGUAAUGUAUUUCCUGUGGUUGUAGGAAGUGUGAUUGGUACAGAGACUGUCAUUGCUCGUACCAUUGAAAGUGCAAAGGAGAAGAAGUAUGUCGAAGAAGGACAAUAUGUCGUUGUAACCAGUGGACAUAUUGAAGGUGUUGCUGGACAGACUAAUAUUUUGAAGGUAUUCACUGCUUAA